AACCAGCACUUUUCGUCAGGCUCUUUCUCCUAGUCGUUCAUUAUCUCAAGCUUCUCUUUCUUUCCUUGUCCCUCUGCGAGCAGAUACCCUGCUCCCCACGUUCCCUCGAGACUUUUACACCGUUUCCCACCAACAUGAAGGCGUCCAUCCUGACCGCCAUCGCAAUGGCAGCGUGCGUUGUCGCGAGCCCCAUGGGGUCUCUCGCUCAGGCACGCGAUGAGGUUGCUGCUCGUUCGGGCUGCCCUUGCGCCUGCCCGUCUUGCGACGAUGAGCCUGGAGUUCCAUCCGUUCCCAGCACGGGCACUCCUGAGCCCGAGAAACCCUCCGGCCCUCCUCCCGUCGACGUUCCUGGUGUGCCUGGUGGGCCCAGUGGCCCUGGUGCUCCUGUCCCUGAGGAGCCUUCGGUUCCCGCCCCUGGUGGCCCUGGUGCUCCUGUCCCCGAGGAACCUUCGGUUCCUGCCCCUGGCGGCCCUGGUGCUCCUACUGUCCCUGAGGAGCCUUCAGUGCCCGCCCCUAAUGGUUCUGGCGGCCCUGGUGCCCCUACUACCCCUGAGGUUCCUGCUACAACCGGAGUUCCUAACCCCCCUGCCGUGCCCAGCUCUCCUGUUGACACUCCCACCACUCCGGAGCAGCCGCCUCACCAGGGAGGCGAGGAUGAGGGCGACAACGACGAUGAUGAGGGUGAUGACGAAGGCGACAACGACGACGAUGAGGGUGAUGACGAUCAUGAAGGCGGCUGUCCUACCUGCGGCAACAAGCCCGAACCCUGCGAUGAGGAAGGCUGCCACGGCACUGGUCAUCUCAUCCAGGACCUCGGCCCUCAAGGCAAAAAACUCCUUACCGUUAUUGGUCUCGACUCCCAGAAGCUCCUCGUCAGCCUCAGCCCCGCUGUGACCCAUCUGCUUGAAGGCCUCGGUCUCAUCGGCCUGGGCAAGCCUGUCGGCGAGGUUAUCAAGGAAGCGGCGACUGUUGGCGAGCUCAUCGCCGACCUGGGCGACCCGAUCGAAUGCCUCCUCACCGUUGUCGGCCAAGAUACUGGAUACCUCCUCAUCCGCCUGGACCCUGGCCUUGCGGGCCUCCUCAAGGGUCUGGGCCUACCCUCGAUUGCCAACCCCGUCGGUAACCUCAUCGGCGCUGUCGGCAAGAGCCUGAAGCGCCAGGACGGCCUCCUGGAGGAUAUUGCCCCCGUCGUCGACUGCAUCCUGCGCAUUGUGGGCGACGAUCUGCAAAUUCUGCUUGUCCGCCUCAGCGGUCCCGUUGCUGAGCUGGUCGCCGGUCUUGGUCUGACCACCCUGGCUGAGCCCGUCGGAGAGGUCAUCCGUUCCGCUGCCACCGUCGGCGAGCUCGUCCAUGACCUCGGCCCCGUCGUCGGCUGCCUUCUCACCGUCGUCGGCGAGGACGGUGAGCUGCUCCUCGUCCGCCUGGCGCCUGCCGUGGCGGACCUCGUCUCCGGUCUGGGUCUGCCCGCGCUGGGUGUUCCCGUCGGCGAGGUGAUCAACGCCCUUGGCGAGUCCAUCUAAACGGAUCCGUCCGAUUUCCUGGUUUUCAAUUCUCAGUAUAAAAGACAUCGUCGCUGUUCCAUGCGACCAAUGGAGACCUAUAGAUUCAUUUAAAUGAGGCGUUGAGGACGGGACUAGGCGAUGGUGGAGAUAACAUGCGCAAGGCAUUCGAGUGGGAUUCCUGUAUCAUAGUGCUGCCAUCCUACAUUAUUUAAUGUGAUAAUAUCAUAAUUGCCACCUCGUAUUCGAGCGAUCCCACGGCAGAUAAGCCGAUGUGGGGAGAGACGGAG